AUGCCCCAGGCGCGCUUGUACCACGAUGGACCACCGGCGCUGCAGACCAAGCUGGAUAUGAACCCUACGUUGAUAGUAUCAUGGUGGUGUACAUUGUUCGCUCUGACAGCCAUACUCAUCCGUAUAUUUGGUCGGUGGGUUCGCACCGAACGAUUGUUCCGAGAAGACAAGAUCAUGUUCUACAGUAUAAUUCCGCUCAUGAUCCGGAUGGGCCUUGUGCAUGUCAUCUUGAUCUGGGGAACGAACAACACCGAGGUUGACGGCUUGACACAUCUGGACAUCCAACAUCGUGAAACGGGAAGUAAAUUGGUCCUGGCUGCCCGAAUCUUCUAUGCCGCAUUCAUCUGGGUGGCCAAACUCACGGUGCUCGAGUUUCUCAAGCGGUUGAUUGGAAAAUCAUGGGCUAGAUCAUAUGAGCUCGGUCUGCGGAUGAUUUAUGGGUUUCUCUUGGUCACAUAUAUUGGGGUCGUCGUCGCCACUCUUUCGGAAUGUCAGCCGUUCUCACAUUACUGGCAGGUCGUUCCAGAUCCGAGUCCUAAAUGCCGAGAAGGCUUAGUACAACUGGUUGUUAUGGGAGUGUGUGAUAUAGUCACUGAUGUUGUUUUGAUUGCCUUCCCUAUCCCUCUGGUCAUGCAAUCGUCGAUGCGGUUUAGGAAGAAGAUAUCGCUGGUCUUGCUUUUCUUACUAUCCGUCAUUCUGAUCGGCAUCACCGCCUACCGGAUACCCUCGACGAUUUCGCGGCGUUCCUCUCAGCAGUACCGGUCGUUGUUGGCGUCCCUCGAAAUCCUGGCCGCUGCUGGUGUAGCCAAUGCCAUUGCUAUUGGCAGUUUUAUCCGCGACAAGGGAGUGAAAAAGGCCAAGUUUCGGGCUUCAUCCAUCGAUGAGACCAGUUCGAUUGGCCGCACGGUUACCCGCACACGGUCCCGGUCCGUAACACACCAUCACUGGGGAUCGGAUGAAGAUUUAGCCAGGAGUGUCGGCGUGUCGUUGCCUCCAUUGCUGAGACACGGGACCGCAUUGGAACCAAUUCCUCGACUGGCAGAAGCCGCUGAGCCAAAUCCGAUACAAAUCCGAGACAUGGAAUCGGACCUUCGGCGUCACGAUUCGGCAUUUAAUUUGGACUGGAAAUUCACGCACCGUUCCCGAUCGAAACAAAGGAAGUCUAUGGACAGCAUGACCAGCGCAUCCACGGACGUCAAGUUGGAAGAUUUGAAAAAUAGACGCUCAAUGGAUGAAUCCAAUAGUCCCGGACAUGCGGAACCAGAACCGGAUACGCCGAGCAGAAUGGGCUUUUUCGAUGUUGGCGGACUUGUCGAUAGGCCGGCAUCUCCGUUACGGCAGGGAUCGCCCGUUGACUCUGCACGACAGCAUUCUCAGUAUUCCCAGCAUCAGGGCACACGAUCCGGAUCCAAAGCUUUCCUUACUGAUAUUGGAGGAUUGCUCUCGCGACAUUCACAUAUCCGCGAAGAAAGCGGAACGCGUUCGCCGUCAACUUCCACGCCCUUGAAACGAACCAGUCCAGACCGUUCGCCCAUGAGGUUGGACACCAGCAGGCAUAUAUCACGAAGCAGUCGAGUACCUUCUCAGCAGGUAGAUGAAGGUCGUCUGCCACGACGACCUAGUGGACCUGAUGAUUUGGAUCUAGCCGACGCCGGUGGUCUGUUACGAGGGUAG